CAAAUAUUGCAACAAUCUCUACAAGGAGGCCACUCUGGUGCCAGUGUUUAUAUAAUGACUGAAUUACUACAUCAAGACUGUGCCCAUGUCCUAGUGAGCAACAGCAAAGAUAGAAUCAGUGAAAACUUCAAACAGAGAAUGGAAUACAGGUUUGCCAACACUGGACAUGACAAGACUACAGUGGGAAGCAAAAGUCUUGACACACGGACUUUAAUCUGUCAGUCAAUAUCUGGUGGGAAGCCUAACCGAUGUGUCAUUUUUCCAGCCAAUGUUAGCAUGAUUGCCGAAGCUAUAGAAAGAAGAAACCAGGACUGGAUUGUGAGGACAAAAUUUACAAGUGAUCUGAUCAUACAAGUUGGAGAUUCAACCUUUUUCUUGCACAAGCAGCUUCCUAUGGCCUCAAGAAGUGUAUAUUUGAAUAGACUGGUAUUCCAGAGAAACAGCAAUGGCAAGAGAGACACAAGCCCCAAAAUCCAACUAGAUAAUCUUCCAGGAGGAACCAAAACUUUUGAAUUACUAGUGAGAUUUUGUUACGGAUGGAAGGUUGAUUUAACAGCAACCAACAUUGCUCCAUUAUAUUGUGCUGCACAUUUCUUGGAAAUGAGGGAGGACCUUGAACCAGGAAAUCUUAUGUCCAAAACUGAGGCUUUUCUAAGCUUCUUAAUCCUUACAUCCUGGAAAGACACAUUUCGGAUUUUCAAAAGUUGUGAAUCCCUUUCUGCCUGGGCAAAGGAGCUGAGAAUUGUGAAAAGAUGCUCAGAAGCCAUCGCCUGGAGGGCCUGCUCAAAUUCAAAAGCAUUUAGCUUUGGUGAAAACGAUGCGGAGUGCUUGAAUAUUCUAGCAAAUGCUGAGAACUCAAAACUUGAAGACAGAUUUAAUAAUUGGUGGUUUGAAGAAGUCUCAUUCCUUCGAAUAGAUCAUUUUGUAGAAGUGAUUCGUGCCAUUAAAAGUAAAGGGAUGAAGUCAGAGCUUGUAGGAUCAUGUAUAGCUCAUUGGAGUGCAAAACGGCUUUCAAGGAUCACUUUUGGACUGGACCAAUUGACUCCCAAACAUAUGACUCAACAGUUACAAAGGGUUACAACUGAAUGCUUGAUUAAGCUGCUUCCUGUGGAGGAAAACUCAGUUUCUUGCAAUUUUCUACUACACCUACUCAAGGUAGCUCUAACGGCAAAAAUCAAUUCUGAAUUGUUGAAUAUGCUAGAAAGAAGAAUAGGCUUCAUGUUGGAGCAAUGUCGUGUUCCAGAUCUCCUGGUUAAGAAUUUUGGAGACAAUGACAGUGUUCACGAUGUGGGCAUUAUCAGCAGGGUGGUAGAGUCCUAUGUGUCUUCUGUUUCAAGCAAUCCCACACCAAAAAUAUUUGCUGUCGGUAGGCUGGUGGAUGGUUAUCUUACACUGGUCGCAAGGGAUGAGGCCCUCGGUGCAAAAAGUUUCCAGUCACUUGCAGAAGCAUUGCCGAAAGAUGCUCGGUAUUUUGAUGACAACCUUUACAGAGCCAUUGACAUGUAUCUCAAGAUACACCCUCACUUAACAGAAGAGGAAAGAUUAAGUGUAUGUAGAUCCCUGGAAUACCAUAGACUAUCCCAAGAAGCCCGUGAGCAUGUGAUGAAGAACAACAGGCUGCCAUUGAAAAUCAUGACACAAUUCGUCUUCUUAGAGCAAGUGAACAGGACUAGGUCAAUGACAGCUUCUGGAUCAAAUUAUGGAAGAACGAAGAUGCAGGCAAUUAUUAGUGUGUCUAAAGGUUUAGAGAAGGGCUGGAUGAAUCGCAAGGAAGAGAUUAAGAUAAUGAAGAAAGAGGUUGACAAAAUGAAGGUGCAACUCAAUGAACUUCAGAUGUGUAAACUAAAGCUACAAAGACAAGGGAAGAUAUGCAUUAAUUAGAAGGAAAAUCUCAGCUUUGUACAAAAAAGACAUUUUGAUGGAUCUUUGGUUUUGUUUUGUUGAAAUUGGAAUCUUGCCUUGUUAUUGUUUGGAAUUCAAAUACCAUAUUGCCACAUUGAGUAUGAAGUAGAGUAUAUCUGCCUUUAACCUUGUUACAUAUUUUU